AUGAUCAAUGGACAAAAUCGAGAGGAGCCUACGGGCAUUGCUGUUUACGAUGAUGACUGGAUUGAUAGGGGAGACAUGCAGGGUGUCUUUGGGCACUACAUAAAUCGCUAUGUCCACACAAUGGUGCCGAGCAGGCCCAUCCUCUCCUCUCAAUUGAGUGUGACGUCUUUAGGGGACCUUCCCAAUGAGCAAUAUAAGGAGGAGUACAGUUGUAGACCGCCUGCAGUAGCAAUGAUCAUCAUGUCAAUUAUCGAAAUUAUUCUGUAUGUUUACGACAGAGAACUGGGUGGAGCUGCUAAUUUCUUAAUUUAUAAUCCCACAAGAAGAUACGAGGCAUGGAGAUAUGUGACUUACAUGUUUGUACAUAAAGGAAUAAUACACCUAGGUGGGAAUUUAUCGAUCCAAAUAAUGCUGGGAAUCCCCUUGGAGAUGGUGCACAAAUGGUGGCGUGUGCUAAUCAUCUACUUCGCUGGAGUAAUAGCGGGCUCCCUUGGGACAUCCGUCGCACUUCCGAAGUUCUAUCUCGCAGGUGCAUCUGGCGGUGUUUUCGCACUCAUGACAGCGCACAUUGCAACAAUCAUAAUGAACUGGAAACAAGUAAAAUUUGCUGCGCUUGAAUUUUUUGUCUUCGGUUUUAUAACGAUUCUUUACGUGAUUUCGAAUUUUCGCAAUCGUUACGUACUCCACAAACACGAUGAUAUUGCGUAUGAUGCACACAUGGCUGGUGCUGCUGCUGGAUUAUUAGUUGGAAUUAAUGUUCUUUGUAAUCUCACGGUAAAAAAGUGGGAGAAAGUGCUUUGGUGGGUUAGCAGCCUCUCUUAUACGGUUCUCAUGUCUGCUGCUAUACUCUGGAAUAUCUUUGGGAUGAAAGAGUGA